GGCGCCGGCGUCUGCGCCUCCUGCCUCCGGGAACGCCUCUCCGCCUUUGCGGUGGCACAAGCCCAAGCCCAAGCCCAAGCCCAAAGAGACCACCGGCGGCCCGACGCCUUCCCCCGGUCUGUCUCUCCGUACGUCUCCAGGCGAAAGUCGGACACCUCCGCCGCCGCGUGCCGGACCAACGGCCGCCGCCAGCGCUUCCACAGCGCCUCCCAGGUGGGAGCUGAGGAGGAGAGGAGGAGCAAGCGCGUGGGGUUCACUUCGAUGUUGUUCGGCAUUUUCGGGUCGAAAUCGGAGAGGACAGGCCCUGGGCCCGGACCCGGCCCGGUAUGCGAUCCAAUUGCUCCGAUCGAUUCCUCUUGCUCGGUCCCUUCUCCCUCUUGGUUCUCGACGUAUUUCUUCACCGGACCCCGGGACAAGAACGCCGGGACAUCCUCAAUCGACGGCAGCAAGGGCGGAUCGCGGCCCAGAAGAACCCGCGGGAAUCGAGGCAGGGGAAUGUCUCCCGCGAGACACUCCGGCGACGAGGAUCGCGGCGGAUCGAGCGGGUACUCGUCAGAAUCCUCCCAGGGAUGGAGGCAGACCGCUGGGAGAACGCCGGCGCAGGUGCGGCGGAGCGGAGGGAGGGCGGCGGCGGCGGCGCUCUGCAAAGGCGUUUCGGGGUUGAAUUUCUGUCUCAGCCCUCUGGUUCGGGCCAGCCCGAGCCGCCACUGGAGCCAGAAAGGCUUGCCGCCGGAGGUUGUAGUGGCCGGGGAAUCGAGGGUUUCGGUGCCGGUGAAGCCGCGCCUUUCCGCGACGACGUCGUAUUGCAAGAAUCGAUCUCGUAAGCUUGCGGAUUUUGGGAGGUGGGCUCAAAAAACUACAAAUAUAGUGGGUGAAGCAUUUGAUCCCCAUGUGAAAUGUAAAUUGCAAGUUUCUGAGUGUUUGGAGUUUGGUGAAGUGUAGUUGUUUUUUAUGAUUGGUCAGUUAGUGUGGUGGGUAAAAUGUUUGAUGAUGCUUGAAAGUGUUUAUUGGAUGUAUAUUUUUUAUUUUAUUUGAAUUGCAAUUAUGAUA